CUAAACUCACUGUUUGAACCCCCUACAUCUCAAGACAAACCUCCUUAUCCUUAUACUACGAUUUUGCGAUUUGCUAUUCUCGGCAGCCCUCGCAAGAAACUCACAUUAGGAGAAAUAUACGAGACCAUGGAGAACCGGUUCCCUUGGUUCAAGAAUAAUACUGAUAAGGGUUGGAGAAACUCUGUUCGCCACACGCUUUCACUCGGCAAAUGCUUCGUCAAGGUCAACCGACCGGUCACGGAGCCUGGAAAAGGCGCGUAUUGGUCAUUUGACCCCAGCCAGGGCGAAGGCAAAGUUCGACCUCGCAAUCGA